AGUCCUCGGCAGACGGGAUGAAGCUAACAAUUGCAGUUUGGAUAAAUGUUUUACUUGUUGUAACCAUGGAUGGAUAUCAAGUAAAACCGAGGGAUUUCCAGCAAAUGGUGAGCUCAAUGGAGCAACAAUACGAAGACAUUCAAGAGGAGUUCCAGAAAGAAUUUCGGACGUGGCAGCAGACGGGUGAGAAAACAGUUCGAUUACAGCAAAUACUCGAUGGUUGGAAGUUUACAGGGCAAGAUCGCCGCGAAUAUUUAGAAGAUUUUCCGCACGAAAGACAAACAGCGAUGUGCGUUCUCUGCCGUUCCGUUGUAUCCCAGAUCAUGCAGAUGCGUUCGAAUGGGACAGGCAGGGCGGACCUGUUCGCUACAGUUUACGAGCUGUGUACCACGCUGCAAAUUCAGGAGUCAGACGUUUGCUUUGGAGUGAUUGAUAUAAAUAUUGAUAUUGUUUUGCAUAUUUUCGAUGAACGGCCAAACCUGGGAGCGGAUGUCGUAUGUGGGGUGAUCUUACAAUCGUCGUCGUGUGUUUUUGAUGCUCCCGAGUUUACCGACUGGUCAGUUAAUGUAGACCCCAAUGGGAAACCAGUUACGGAGUCGAAACACUUCCCGAACGCGAGAAGCGAAAACGACAUCAAGAUAGUGCAAAUCACUGAUAUGCAUUACGAUCCAAAAUACGAAGCCGGUUAUAAUGCCAACUGUAACAAGCCGACCUGCUGUCGAAACGAUCAAGGAAUUCCAGAGGAUCCGGAAGACGGUGCUGGUUACUGGGGAGAUCUCCGAUAUUGCGAUUCUUCUUGGGCCUCCAUCGAAGACGCUAUCGAUCAUAUUGUUGAGGAGCAUCCAGAUGCUGCCUACAUCUACCAGACGGGAGAUAUAGUGGAUCAUGGCGUAUGGGAAACGUCGUUUGGCCACAACAUUCGUACUAUGAAUAGGUUCCACAACAAACUGCUGGAAGCUUUCCCGGAUAAACCCGUUUACAACACUAUAGGUAACCACGAACCCCAUCCACUGAAUGUAUUCGCACCGAGUACUGUGAGUCGCCAAGAUUUAUCCGUAAGUUGGCUUUACGAAUACUUGGCGGAUGUUUGGGGUCACUGGUUGCCACGAUCGACUAGAACCUCAAUCCUCCAAGGCGGAUUCUACACGGCGUUGGUUCGGCCGGGCUUGCGAGUGGUUGUUCUCAACAACCAGGAUUGUUAUAACAUGAAUUGGUGGAUUAUGUGGGAUCCGGGAUAUCUUGCAACCCAACUUCAAUGGUUGCAUGAUGUUUUGUUGCUUGCAGAGCGGAAUGGUGAGAAAGUUCAUCUACUAGCACAUAUUCCGUACAGCUCAUAUGGGUCGAUUUAUUUCGUUUGUCAACGGGAGUUCCGACGCAUCGUCGAACGCUUCCACGAUACUAUAAGUGCACAGUUUAAUGGUCACACCCAUAAGGAUGAGAUUAAUGUGUUUUACUCGCGAGAAAACCCACAGCACGCCAUUAACGUUGCGUGGAAUGGAGGCAGUCUAACAUCUAGUCAUAAUAAUCUGAACUAUGUUGUGUAUUAUGUAGAUCCAGAAACUUACCAAGUAACCGAUUUCGAAUCCUACAUCUUCAACCUAACGGACGCCAAUCGAUUUCCGGAUCGAAGGCCAGAGUGGUACAAAGUUUACUCCUUUGCCGACGCUUUCGGAAUGCACAACCUAAGUCCAGCGGAAGUUGAUACCGUGGUGAAACGAUUCGGAACACCGGCUGGACGAAGCGAACUUCGAAAAUAUUGGGAGUUCACGAUGAAGAUGGGAGAUUUGACACUGGCAGCCGGGUGCGAUGAUGACUGUUUGCUUAACGUCCUAUGCAGGGCUGUUCUAAGCGAGCUGAAUGACGAUGUAAAGUGUGAUGAACUGAGAGAAACAUUUUUCGAUUGA